GAGGAAGGCGGUUAGUCAACACGCCGGUAACGUCACAUCCGGCCUUAACUAACGGCGCUGUCAGUGUCAAAGCUAGCGAGCGAGGAGCUUCUUACUUGACACUACUACACUAAUUUUGAGGACAUAUCGGCCGCUAUUUUGAUUUUAACACGACGCGAGGGAGUGUUUGAAGGUUUGUGAAUGAGCUCCCGUCGGUUAGUGUCUCUAGGGAAGCUGCGUGAAGUCGGAGGAGUUCACUUGGAAACAAACUAGUCGAAGCUAAAAGGCUGAACACGUUGUCUUUUGUCAGACAGCGGGGGAGCAACCGACUGUGAACUGGGUCGCUCGGGUCCAGAAAACGCCGUCUGGCUUUCGCAUAGUUUGUUUCAAAAAGAGGUGGGGGGGAGAGACCUUUUCACCUCUCGCUCAGGAUGCCAUGCCACAAUCAGCAACUGAACAGUGUCAACAGUGGUCAGGAGCACCCAAUGAAGCAAGUGAGAUUUGCAAACAGCAGCAGCAGCAGCAGCAGUGUGUCUGCAGUGCUGUCCAACUCUGAACCUACUGAUGCCUCCAUACAGCCCGUAAACCAAGACAACCUGGGCCCUCAGCUUAAACUGCUCCCCCUGAAUGACCAGAUCCGUGAAUUACAGACUAUAAUCAGAGACAAGACAACCAGCAGAGGAGACUUUGUGUUUUGUGCUGAUCGACUGAUCAGAUUAGUAGUCGAAGAAGGUUUGAAUCAGCUCCCAUACUCAGAGUGCACUGUUACUACGCCAACAGGGUACAAGUAUGAAGGUGUCAAGUUUGAAAGAGGCAACUGUGGAGUCAGCAUAAUGAGGAGUGGUGAGGCCAUGGAGCAGGGUCUCCGGGAUUGCUGCCGCUCCAUCCGGAUUGGCAAGAUCCUCAUUCAGAGUGAUGAGGAGACACAGAAAGCCAAAGUCUACUACGCCAAGUUCCCUCCAGAUGUGUACAGAAGAAAAGUGCUGCUCAUGUACCCCAUCCUUAGUACAGGAAACACUGUGAUCGAGGCGGUGAAAGUGCUGAUAGAACACGGAGUCCAGCCCAGACAUAUUAUCCUCCUCAGCCUCUUCUCCACGCCUCACGGAGCCAAAUCUAUAAUCCAGGAGUUCCCAGAUAUCACCAUCUUGACAACGGAGGUUCAUCCAGUGGCUCCGACACAUUUCGGACAGAGGUACUUUGGCACUGACUGAACCAAGGACAACCUGAGGAACAUGAUCCGCAAAUUGCUUUAAGUAUAUUUUGUCUUGUUUAUUUAAAUGUAUCUCAUGUUCUCCUUGUUGUGCCAAAUACUGCUACGUUAUCUCCAAAGUUCCUGAACUGACACAAAAUGAUUAAUCUGAUCAGUUGUAUUUAUUAUCAUGUGUUUUUGCCGUGUAUACUCAUGCAUAAGAAAGAAAACAACACUGAACCAUAUAAA